CCUUUUCCGUUUAUCAGGAAUUUUGUGCUUUUCUCAGUGGAACCUUUUCAUUGCCCGAGAGUGUAUAUUCAACUUCAAUUUUCAAAACUCAACAGCCCAUAUCGUCUACCUCAGUAGAUAUAAGAAGGCUCUGCCGCCGGACGCAUCCACGCCAGUGGUCUGAUGCGGCCGUACCAUGUUGCAGCUAUUGAAUUCUAUUUUUGGAAUUCUGUUAUUUGUCGUGUAUGGAAAUUGUGUUCAGUGGUUCUGUGCUGAAUUUUUUGAAAUAUCUAUGAAAAUUAUAUAAAAAGAACUGUGGUUUGAAAUCGCGUUUUUGUGCGUAUUUUUUACUUAUAAUAUUAUGUAUAUUAUAUCCAUAGACUAAUAUUCUGUGUGUAGUGAUUAUAUCUAUCUAGUUGGCAGCCUGUUGGGCAAAGAUAUCCUCUAACAUGCCUUACCCACAUUUCUUAAGAAAUAUUUUAAAACCUAAGUAUUUGAUAUGAGCAUUUUCUUGUGGUUUGAUCCAUAGAAUUACACAGGAGGGAAGUAAAGCUAUGUGUAUCCAUUUAAAUUUAAAAAAAUCUACUUAAAACACACGAUUAAUAUUACACCCUUUCAUUUAAUCAUUUAAAACGACCCUUAAGCCAUUACAACAUAGUAGGUAAUAGGUAUAUGUAGAUGAUAUUCGUGCGAGCCAAUAAAUGCUGUAAAUCAACAGUAUACUUUUUAUAAAAUCCGCGUUUCAAAUUGAACCUAACGGAUCCGUUCAAAUAGCUCAACAAGCAAUUAAUAUUUCAUCUCCGUUUCCCAUCAAUACCACUCUUACGUUAAUUGGCCGAAAUUCGACCAUUUUUUCGUGAACAACAAUAAAGUGGGAUCGAGUGAGCUGUUUUGUCGAUAUAUUUUUAUCCUCCGUUGAUAUAGAGAUCGUAACAAUUUAUUAACAAAAUGCCUACCUACUUAGUAUCGCUUUGCCUCAAAAGUAUCUACAUAUAUCAGUAUUUAUGUAUUUAUUUUUUAUAUUGUUCAUGGAGAACCAACAGCAUUUGCGUGAACUUAUAUGGUAACAAAAAUAUAAAAUUCUACAAAACACGGAAAUGCCAUUAAUAGGUUCCCAUUCCCACCUAUAGUGACAAAAAUUAAUGACUAAGUUUUAAAAUAAAAAUAAAAAAUAACGGUAGGAUUCUAUUUUACAGUCUUUACAUAGCACUUGACAUUCAUAACACUCGUACCUCUAGUCUAGUUACCUUUAUUUCCUUCAAACCGUUGCCAGACUAAUAAAACUCCACCUGUCAGCCGGCCCUCGCCUUCCCUGCGAGCCUCAGUCGUCCACUCCACACAUUUCGCUCGACAAAGCCAUAUUUCCCGUUCGAAAACCGAUUUAUGUCCUCGUUUCCGACCGUUUAUUUGUUUGGAAACCGACACGAGUGAUUAAGUUGUAAAAAAACGGUAAAAAACGAUCUUAAACGGAUUUUUUCGCUGCUCUUCUAUUUUUGUUUCGCUGUGGAACUAUUAGCGCUAAUAGCUUUGGUGGAUUGUACUUCGUUGGUUUGAAUAUUUGUCUCGUUAUUUUUUUAUCUUUUCUACAUAAUGUUGUACCUACUUUAGUAAUAGUUGGUUGUAAUGGUUAUGCACAAACACAUCGAACUUCAGAAUUCGAACCCGAGACAACCAUUGACCUCUGUAACUAAGCGAUGAUGCGAUUCAAAAAACAUAGAAACCUAUCGUUUAACAAAUAACCAUCGAGCAACAAAAUGCAAAUGAUGAGCCAAAACUAUUUCACAAAAAGCAUUUUAUCAUUCGUAUUCGCAUACGAGCUGGGAUCCGCUGAUUACUUGUGUCAGCUGCCUGUUGGCAAUACAUCCAUCUACAUAAAUAUUAUAUACUUCGGGUUAUACCAGUACCACGUGCCGACCCUCAUCCCGCGCGACCCGGAGCUGGUGCGCCGCCUCGUGGUGCGCGACUUCGCCGCGUUCUGCGACCGCGGGGUACACAUCCCGCCGGACUGCGACCCGCUGUUCGGACGCAACCUGAUUAUGCUGAGAGGUUCAAAAUGGCGGUCAAUGCGCGCGUCCCUUUCUCCCGCGUUUUCUGCUGCCCGCUCUCGUAGCAUGGCGCCGCUGAUGGCAGAAUGUGCCGCCGCAACCAUGGACUACUUGAGGAUCCAUGUGGAGACUGGCAAGGAGAUUGAUACUGACAAGAUAGUGACAGCAUACGUGAACGACGUGAUAGCGUCGUGUGCAUUCGGCUUCGCAGUGGAUUCCCUGCAAGACCCCACCAACUGCAUCUUCAGGCUCGGCCAGACCGCCGUGGUACAGCACACUACCCAGGUCAUGAAGUUCUUCGGAUAUGAAAACUUUCCGAGGGUUAUGAAGCUGCUCGGCGUGAAGAUAAUCUCGACGUCUGACGCUGACAAGUUCGCUCAGCUGUUCAAGUCAGCGCUCAAGUCGCGUCGGGAGCAGCAGUCGCAACCCCGACCUGACUUCAUACAGACCCUGGUCGACGCCGCUCAAGGAAAACUGAAGGAUAAGCAAGAGGACCCGAAUAACAAUGAGGAUUCGACAAAUUGGACUAAAAAAUUCUCCGACGACGACUUGGUCGCUCAGGCGGUAUUAUUCUACGUGGCCGGCUUCGACACGACUGCCAACUUGAUUAACUACUUCCUGUACGAAAUGGCGGUCAAUCCGGAGGUCCAGCGCCGGCUGUUGGCCGAAAUUGAUGAGGCUGAUAAAAGCGGCGAUCUGUAUGAAGCGGUCCAGGGGUUGCAGUAUCUGGAUAUGUGCGUUAAUGGCAGAAGCCGGCAUCCACGUGUGGCUACCUAUCUACUCCAUCCACCGCGACGAGGCCUACUGGCCGAACCCCGACCAGUGCGAUCCCGAACGCUUCUCCCCGGAGAGGAAGUCAGAGAUAGUCCCCUACACUUACAUGCCGUUCGGAAACGGCCCUCGGCAUUGUAUUGGGUCCCGUUUCGCAGUGCUGGCUGCGAAAGUGUUUCUGGUGCGGAUCCUGAGCGGUUUCCGAGUGCGGCCGGGCGACAAGACGCCGCGGUCGCAACGCCUGCACCCGAUAGCGUUUAUACUGCGGCCCGCUGACGGCUUCCAUCUUGUUGUUGAACCUAGGGAUAGUUUAUAUUCUAGUUGAAAAUGUAAAUAAAAAUACCGAAUAAACUUUUUAUAACUGUUA